AUGGAAAGGGCCAACAGCAGCUCCUUGGAGAGCUUUAUUCUGAUGGGUGUAUCCGACCAUCCCCAGCUGGAGAUAAUCUUUUUUGUAGUCAUCCUCUUCUCCUACUUGCUGACCCUGGUUGGGAACUCAACCAUGAUCCUGCUUUCCAGCCUGGAUGCCCGACUCCACACACCCAUGUACUUCUUCCUCAGCAACCUCUCCUCCCUGGAUCUUGCUUUUACUACUAGCUCAGUCCCCCAAAUGCUGAUCAUCUUGUGGGGAUCAGACAAGACCAUCAGCUAUGGUGGCUGUGUGACCCAACUCAAUGUUUUCCUCUGGCUAGGGGCUACUGAGUGCAUCCUGCUGGUGGUGAUGGCAUUUGACUGCUAUGUCACGGUGUGCUGGCCCCUGUGCUACACCACCAUCAUGAACUCCCGGCUCUGCUGGCUGCUGGCUGCCAUUGCCUGGUUGGGCGGCUUGGGCAACUCUGUGGUCCAGUCAACAUUCACUCUGCAGCUCCCUUUGUGAGGGCACCAGAGGGUGGACAGCUUCCUGUGUGAGGUGCCCGCCAUGAUCAAACUAGCCCGUGGAGACACAAGUCUCAAUGAGGCUGUGCUCAACGGUGUCUGCGCCUUCUUCACCACUGUCCCAUUAAGCAUCAUCCUGAUCUCCUACUGCUACAUAACUCAGGCAGUGCUGAAGAUCCACUCGGCCAAGGGACAGAGAAAGACCUUUAACACAUGCCUCUCUUAUCUGGUGGUGGUGCUCCUCUUUUAUGGCUCAGCUAUCUAUGGGUAUCUGCUUCCACCUAAGACCAGCAACCAGGACAAAUUCAUUUCCCUCUUCUACUCUGUGGUCACACCCAUGCUGAACCCUCAUUAUACUCUGAGGAACAAGGAGGUGAAGGGGGCACUGAGGAGGCUGCUGGGGAAGUCAGCUGAAGGAAGGGAAAACUCUAUCAUAUACCACCUCUUCAUCUCUACAAGCUUGUUCUCAUUCUCUCUGGCCAGGUGA